UUUCCCAGCUCCAGGAUUCCAGGACAGGGGGAAGAGAUAACUGUCUCCAAAGGAAUCACUUGGUAUUAGAGAACAAGACCAUAGCUCCAUCACAAAGUAUCUACAUUUCUUUUUCUCCAAGAUCUACACUGUACACAGCAAGCUAAAAUAAUUAGGCAUUCGAUGACAGAUGAAGGACUCUUUCAGUCUGAGAUGUCAAUGUUUCACCUCUUGAAGAAGUUGGUUAUGGACAGGUCAAGCAAGAUGUGGCUACCUUGAGAGUGUAAACACACUAUCAAUCCUUAGCAAAUGAUGGCUAAGAUCACAAUCUCACCAGCUGAUACAAGUGAUACUUAUGACACCCCAGAAUACUGGAAGUCAAUACCAUCAGCCAAUAUCUCUCUACCUAACUUCACCUUUCCAUUUGUCUUUGGCCAAAGGGCUACUGACUAUGCCCUGAAUGGUGUUCUGAUUGUUGUUCUCAUCAUUGUCAUGAUAUCACUGGGUUGCACCAUGGAGAUAUCCAAAAUCAAGGCUAAUUUCUGGAACCCCAAAGGAGUAGCUAUUGCUGUGGUAGCCCAGUAUGGAAUCAUGCCCUUGACAGCAUUUGCCCUGGGUAAGUUAUUCCAGCUGGACUCUAUUGAGGCACUGACUGUACUCAUCUGUGGCUGCUGCCCAGGGGGAAAUCUCUCCAACAUCUUCAGUCUGGCAUCAAAAGGAGACAUGAACCUCAGUAUUGUGAUGACAACAUGUUCAACACUCUUGGCCCUUGGCCUGAUGCCUCUUCUGCUGCAUCUCUACACUAAAGACUUGUACCAUGGUCAUCUGGAGACUAAAGUACCUUACAAAGGGAUUUUAAUUUCCCUGGUCAUGACACUUAUCCCCUGUACUCUGGGCAUCUUCUUAAAUGAAAAGAAGCCUCAGUGUGCUCGCCUCCUUGUUAAGGCAGGUAUGAUUGUUCUGCUUCUUUCAUCUGUCCCAAUAAUUGCUCUGUCGGUAAUGAAUGUUGGAAGUAGAAUAUUGAUCAACUUCUCUCCACGGCUGCUGGGAACAUCUGCUUUAAUGCCGUUUAUUGGCUUCUCUUUGGGCUACAUCCUAUCUGCAUUCUUCAGCUUCAGUGAUCAGUGCAGGCGGACAAUCUGCAUGGAGACUGGCUGCCAAAACAUGCAGCUCUGUUCCACCAUUCUCAAGAUGGCCUUUGCCCCUGAAGUCAUUGGACCCCUGUUCUUCUUUCCUCUUCUAUAUAUCAUAUUUCAGCUGGGAGAAGGACUCCUCUUUGUUGUGAUGUUCAGAAGUUACACAAAUAUAAAGCAAUUGAAGGAUCCAGCAACUAUGGACAACACUGAAGCAGAAAUCAACCAGGCAGCAGUGAUUAUAGUAAAAGGGAAUGCUAAAAAUCCCUGAGCAUUCUUAGGGUAUCCAUCUCUGAGUUUUGCCAACCACAAGCUCCUGUGCAUAAAAUGCAUGUCAUCUAGAUCGCUUUG